AUGGAAACAAAAAAGUUAGGCAUAUUGUUUGGAAUAGAGAAAAGUCUUGGCAAUGAAGGCCACCUUUUCCGUGGUCCUGGAAAUGUUCUGUUACUUCAUGAUCGGUUCCUAAAGGAAAAUUCUGACAAAAUCUAUCUCCCUGCUGCUUCCAUUGAGAAUUCAGCUGUUUUCAUGGCUUUAUUUCUUGCCUUUAUAUUCAAUCUUUUUCGGUAUCCAUGUUGCUUUCGUGUCGGCGAAUGUCUCAUAUGCCGGGAGGAUCAGAUGUCUAUGUUGCUGCAACUGAAGAACACCCUCAAAUUCAAUGUUGCUGCAUCAAGUAAUCUAGUUUCCUGGAAUCCGAGCACAGAUUGCUGUUCUUGGAGAGGUGUAACCUGGGAUGCCACUGGUCAUGUUGUCGCUCUUGAUCUCAGUAGCCAAUCAAUUUCUGGUGGAUUCAGUAGCGCCAGUAGCAUUUUCAGUCUACAACAUCUCCAGAGCUUGAAUUUGGCUAACAACACCUUCUACUCCUCUCAGAUUCCAUCAGGAUUCCACAAGCUUGUUAACUUGACUCACCUGAAUUUGUCGAAUUCCGGCUUUUCUGGGCAGAUUCCAAUCGAGAUUUCACUGUUGACAAGGUUAGUAACAAUUGAUUUCUCUACCCUUUAUUACAUCCCUGGAGCUCCUACAUUGAAACUUGAGAACCCAAAUCUGACAACGCUGGUUCAGAACCUCAAUGAGCUCAGAGAACUCCAUCUUAAUGGUGUAAACAUAUCGGCCGAGGGGAAGGAUUGGUGCCAGGCAUUAUCAUCUUCAGUGUCUAAACUGCAAGUGCUGAGCUUGUCCAACAGUUUUCUUUCUGGUCCUAUUGAUUGUUCUCUGAAGAAGCUUCAAUCCCUCUCGAGGAUUCAUCUGGAUAACAACAAUUUUUCUGCUCCAGUUCCACAUCUCUUUGCAAAUUUCUCAAAUUUGAUUCACUUGCAGCUCAGUUCUUGUGGAUUAUAUGGAACAUUUCCAGAAAAGAUCUUUCAGUUACGGACCCUCAAAAUUCUUGAUUUGUCAAAUAACAAGUUACUUGAGGGUUCUUUGCCAGAAUUCCCUCUGAAUGGAUCUCUAGAAACCUUGGUGCUCAGUGAUACAGAAUUUUCAGGGAAGUACCCAACUCCAUAG